UGCACAGAUUCCACAAACAAAACAAAACAAAACAAAACGAAACAACCAACGAAACCUUUGCAGCAGGCAACAGGAAUUAUUGAACGAUUAUUGAACAGUACUACUCCAUCGGCCCCGGACCCAAAAAUUGGGCCAUGUAGUACAGGACCAAGAGAACACUUAACAAAAUAAAAAAAUAAUAAAACAACACAAACACCGAGGUGCCCUUAGACAACCGAAUUCGUACAACAAACCAAGCAACAAGCAACAAACAACAAACAAACAAUUACCAAUUAUAACCAAUUGAAAUUGAUAACUGCCGAUUUUUGUGAACUGACAAUAAACAAAAAGAGAGUAAAACCUAAACGCAAAGAGGAGGCAAUAACACAACCAACAAAACAGCGAAACAAUCAGGAGAAUAAAUACAAAUACAAAUACAGAUAAAAAUGGGACGCAAAAUAACUGUGGCUGUGUCCACACUGAAUCAGUGGGCCCUGGACUUUGAGGGUAAUUUGGCAAGGAUAUUGCAGUCCAUAUUGGAGGCCAAGGAUAUGGGCGCUAGCUAUCGCACUGGACCCGAGCUGGAGGUUAGUGGCUACAGCUGCGAGGAUCACUUUCGGGAGCCGGACACAUAUCUGCACUCAUGGGAGGUGCUGCUGGAGAUCAUGAUGUCGCCCAUUUGCGAGAGCAUGCUGGUGGAUGUGGGUAUGCCGGUGAUGCAUCGCAAUGUCGCCUACAACUGUCGCGUGGCCUUCUUCAAUCGGCAGCUGCUGCUGAUUCGACCCAAAAUGGCCAUGUGCGACGAUGGCAACUAUCGGGAGUCGCGCUGGUUCACCGCCUGGACCAAGUCCAUGCAAACGGAGGAGUUCCUGCUGCCGCGCAUGAUAUCGCAGCACACGGGCCAGCAGACGGUGCCAUUUGGCGAUGCGGUGAUUGCCACACGCGACACCUGCCUGGGCUAUGAGAUCUGCGAGGAGCUGUGGAAUGUGCGCAGCAAACACAUCGAAAUGUCGCUGGCCGGCGUGGAGGUGAUUGUCAAUGGGUCCGGCAGCUACAUGGAGCUGCGCAAGGCCCACAUCACCUCGGAUCUGAUACGGAAUGCCAGCUUCAAGGCGGGCGGGGCCUAUCUGUUCAGCAAUCUGCGCGGAUGCGACGGGCAGAGGGUGUACUUCAACGGCUGUUCGGCGAUUGCCCUGAAUGGCGAGCUGCUUGCCAGGGGCCAGCAGUUUGCCCUGCAGGACGUGGAGGUGACCCUGGCCACCAUUGACCUGGAGGAGAUACGCGCGUAUCGCGUGAGCCUGCGCUCGCGCUGCACGGCGGCCGCCAGUGCGGCCAACUAUCCGCGGAUCCACUGUGACUUUGAGAUGUCCACGCACAGCGACAUCUUCAAGACAUCAACCCCGCCGCUGCACUGGCCCAGCCACACGCCCGAGGAGGAGAUCGCCUUGGGGCCGGCCUGCUGGCUCUGGGACUAUCUGCGUCGCUCCGGCCAGGGCGGAUUCUUUCUGCCACUGAGCGGUGGCAUCGACUCGAGCAGCUCGGCCACCAUUGUGCACUCCAUGUGCCGCCAGAUUGUGCAGGCCGUGCAGCUGGGCGACGCCCAGGUGCUGCACGACAUCCGAAAGAUCCUGGCCGACACGGACUACACGCCCGACAAUGCGGCCACGCUGUGCAACCGCCUGCUGGUCACCUGCUACAUGGGCAGCGUCAACAGCAGCAAGGAGACGCGCCGACGGGCCGCACAGCUGGCCAACCAGCUCGGCAGCUAUCACAUCGAGAUCAGCAUCGAUCUGGCGGUGAAUGCCCUGCUGGGCAUCUUCAAUGCCGUCACCGGUCUGACGCCCCGCUUUCGCACACAGGGCGGCUGCGCGCGCCAGAACCUAGCGCUGCAGAACAUCCAGUCGCGCCUGCGCAUGGUCCUGGCGUACAUAUUCGCGCAGCUUAUGCUGUGGGUGAGGAAUCGACCGGGCGGGCUGCUCGUCCUGGGCUCCGCGAAUGUGGAUGAAUCGCUGCGCGGAUAUCUGACAAAGUAUGACUGCUCAUCGGCGGACAUUAAUCCCAUCGGGGGCAUAUCCAAGACGGAUCUCCGACGCUUUCUGGUCUACGCCAAAGAGAAGUACAAUCUGCCCAUUCUGGAGUCUAUCAUUGAGGCACCGCCCACCGCAGAGCUGGAGCCGCUGCAGGAGAACGGAGAACUGCAGCAGACCGACGAGCAGGACAUGGGCAUGACCUAUGAUGAGCUGAGCGUGUAUGGGCGCCUGCGCAAGCAGUCCUUUUGCGGGCCUUACAGCAUGUUCUGCCACUUGGUGGCCACGUGGAAGGGCGACCUCAGUCCCAAGGAGGUGGCCGACAAGGUGAAGCAUUUCUUUCGCUGCUAUGCCAUCAAUCGGCACAAGAUGACCGUGCUGACGCCAUCGGUGCAUGCCGAGAGCUACAGUCCCGAUGACAAUCGCUUCGACCACCGACCGUUCCUGUAUCGGCCCAACUGGAGCUGGCAGUUCAAGGCCAUUGACGAUGAGGUGGACAAGCUGCAGCCCAUCUACACACCCUCAUCGAUGCGGCCCAGCAGCGACGAUCUGCUGCUGUCCACGCAGCGCUCCUCGCAUCUCGAUGACUCUAAGCACUCGUCGCCGCUCUCCUCGGCCUCGGGCUCCGCCUCCCUGGAUGUGGGCAUCUCGACGGCGGCCGUGCCACUGGCAGCUGCUGCCGCUGCCGCCGCUGCACCCGGCCUGGCCAAAAAGCCCAGCGGCUACUCCAAGGUGCACGUGAAUGUCCUAGGAAAGAUCAAAGACCGCACCGGGAUACCUGUCUAGGAUCUGCCGUAGCAUCGAACCAAACGCACUGUUGGAAUUCUUGUUUGUGUUUUUCCUUUCGUAUACACACAUACAUAAGUAUGUACAAGGAUUAUAUGUAGGAUUGAUUAGCCAUAGCCAUCGUCUAAUUCGAAACUCAAAUCUUGUUCAGAUCUUCAUGGAUACAAAACAAAAAGCCUUUGUAGAGCAUCCUUUUUCCAGUUGGCCUUAUCUUAAAACCAAAAAAAACCAAACUUAUUCCUAAUUAUACACACAAGCAUACAUGCAUAGAAAUGUAUAUACAUAUAUACAUAUAUAUACCCGCAUCUUCUCCAUCUGCCCCAUGCUUAGAGAGCGCUAGUCAACAGCAAAGCCCCUGGCAAACGGCCCUAAGCAACUUUUUAACCUAAGCUCACCGUCUGCGAAAUAUCAGCACACUUCUUAUUAGAUUUCUCUUUUAAUUUGCGGCCAGUUGUUUGCUAACAUUUCGCUGUUGAUUCUCGGCCAUAAAGACACACAAAGUGCGCAACAAACUGUCUGAAAUGAACCACUAAAACAGCUGCAGAAACCCCGAAGUAUGCUUCUUUGUUAGUUCUCACUGUGUUAGAUCUUUAAGGGAAAAUGUACCGCGAUAUCUUUCACCUGACGUGCGCCGAAAAUCCUUCGAGUUUCCUUAUAAUUUAUGGGUAUCGGAUUUUGUUGACUAGUGUCUAGAAUCGAAUGAAAGGCGAACUAUUUGUCCCAAUGUGUACAAUCUUUUUCUUCGUCGACUAUUAAGCCCCCCGUUUCAUGUGUGACUUUUGAUAGUAGCUUUUAUUUAGGCACUUUUUUGAGGGGAGUUCGGUUGUUCGGUUGUUCGGCUUGUGUACACUGUACAGUGCGUUUCAGAGCCACAAGCGCUCUAGGAAAUUGUAGGAAUUGAUGUAGGUUAAUUUUAAAAUUGAAUAAUAAAAAAUGCACAAAAUCCAGUUUUAAAUUUAAGAGGCCCUCAAUGUCUUGAUCUAAAACUAAUCGAAAGCAAUAACUGAACAUUUUAGCGGCCUAAUCAUAAUUGUUGACGCAAUCUUUUCGAUUUUACGAGUAUUUACUGCCCCUUUUGGAUAACUAAACUAAAACUUAACUCAACUGUGAGCGAGCUAUUGGAUAGGAUAGGAUAACUAGUGGGAUCUAGUGGGAACUCAUUCACUAUGA